UGUUGUGGCAUCUCCACUGCUCAAGAUGGAACUGACGAGGAGUUAAUGUUCAAUUAUGAUUGGGUUAAAAACCCAGAGGCUCAAAAAAAACAUAGCGAAUGUAUAUAUACUAAUGAGGAUAACGCAA